AUGGGUGUCAACGGCCUCUGGACCGUUGUCCAGCCGUGCGCUCGCCCGACCAACCUCGCGACGCUCAACCGGAAGCGCCUCGCCGUCGAUGCGUCCAUAUGGAUAUAUCAGUUCCUCAAGGCCGUGCGUGACAAGGAGGGCAAUGCGCUGCGCAACUCGCACGUUGUCGGCUUCUUCCGCCGCAUCUGCAAGCUGCUCUGGUUCGGCAUCCUGCCCGUCUUCGUCUUCGAUGGCGGCGCGCCCGCCCUCAAGCGCGCCACCAUCCAGAAGCGCCAGCGCAGGCGGGAGGGCCGUCGCGACGAUGCCGUCAGGACUGCCGGCAAGCUGCUGGCCGUGCAGAUGCAGCGCAUCGCCGUUGACGAGGAGGAGAGGCGCAGGAAGGAGCACCAGGACACGGAAGUAGCCGCGCGCGAGGCACGCCUCCAGGAAGAAGACGCUGCUGCUGCGAGCACGGCAGAAGUCGGAUACAUGGCUGAGAUAGGCAUGUCGCAACAGGAAAAGGCCCAGACGAGGAGGUUCCACAAGCAAGACGCCUACCAUCUCCCUGAGCUGGACGGCGGAAUAGCCUCCAUGGGCAAGCCCGACGACCCGCGCAUUAUGAGUGUCGAGGAGCUCGAGGAGUAUGCCCGGCAGUUUCACAACGGAGAGGACAUCAAUCUCUACGACUUCAGCAAGAUUGAUUUCGACGGCGACUUCUUCAAGAGCCUCCCCGCCCCUGAUCGAUACAACAUCCUCAAUGCCGCCAGACUACGAAGCCGACUCAGAAUGGGCCUUAGCAAGGACCAGCUAGACGACAUGUUCCCAGACAGGAUGGCUUUUUCGAGGUUCCAAAUCGAAAGAGUCAAGGAGAGGAACCAUCUCACCCAGCGGCUCAUGGCUGAAGUUGGCAUGACAGGUACAGACUUGACGCUGGGGAUCAACGCCCGCGUCGCCGGUGAAAGGGACCGCGAGUACAUCCUGGUCAAGAACGAGGGCGCGGAGGGUGGUUGGGCCUUGGGCGUCGUCAGCAAAGACAAGGACAUUGGAGAGGCGCACAAGCCCAUUGAUGUGGACGCCAUCCAGGUGCAAUACCAGACCAAGGACAUGGAAGAGGAGGAAGACGAGGACGACUUUGAGGACGUCCCCAUCGAGGGCCUUAACCGACUUCCGAAAGCGACACCCGUUAAUCUGGGUGUUACUCAUGCUGCACGGGAAAUGGCGGCGCAACGGCAGCGAUUCCACGACAGCCAGUCACAUGCCGCUACAACGGGGCGAGGCGAGGAUGAGUCCCUCUUCGUCGGUGGCAACACGGGAGAAGCGGCCUCUGUCCUUCAGGACGAGCCAGAACAAAAAAUGCACCCGGAAGAGGCGGACGACCUGAGUCGCGCGAUUGCCAUGUCCCUCAAGAACCAACACGACUUCGACGAGGACUCGGCUGCCGACGAGGAGUUUGAAGACGUGCCUGAGGCUGCGCCAGAGUGGACACAAAAGGCUGUGAAAGAGACGCGGCCCAUAAUGUCUACCAGCGGCUCCAUGAUUGCGCAUAUUGUCAACAACCGAGCCAGCGCAGCCGUGCCGAAGCGAAAAGAAGAGGCACACACUCAUGAAAGCGAUAGCGAGGAGGACAUGCAGACCGUCUUGGCUCGGUCGCGGAAGGCAAAAGCUGCACAGCCCAAGCCUGUCGUGGAGAACAAGAAGAACCCGUUUGAUGGGCCGUUGCCGUUUCCGAAACUUGAUUGGCGCAAGUCGCUCUUCGCUAAAGGGCCUGCCGAGGAGAGCAAGACGGGCGUAGGGCAGACUGAUGUUGGUGGUGAAGUGGCCGAUGACAUGGCCGGCGGGUUCGAGGUCGAGCACCCGCAAGAGCAAGACGGGUCCCUGCCCCUGCCCCCUUGGAUGAUCGACAAUACAGAUAUCCGAGAGUCGCUGAAGAAGCAGCAGGAUGCUGAGCGAGAGAUUAACGAGGAGGACAGACAAGAGGCGGAGGAGGAACAGCGGAAGAGGCGACGAGAGAUGCAAAACCAGAUGAUCGAGAUCGACUCAUCAUCCGAUGACGGGAGCGACAUUGAAAUUGUCGAAAUCCCACCUUCGCCAGAGCCACAGGGCGGCCAGGAAUCGCUGACUGUUGACGCCAUUGAAGAGACAAGCAUGGUCGAGGGUGCCCAAUCUGCAGCAUCCCCAGGGCGGGAAGCAAGCCCGGUGCUGUCACCAGAGCCUACAUUCGAGGAGGUGGAGAUACCCCAGGGGUGGCAAGAUGGAGACGAAAUACCCACGGAAACAACCCAAGCGUCAGCAACUCCGGAGCCCGAGUUUGAGGACGUGCCAGAGCCAGAGCCGACAGCACCAGUCCCGACAACAGCACGCGAAGAGUCGCCACUAUUUCCGGAACUUGCACAAGUCGACUCGCAGUCCGAGCUGCAGAAUCAAGGCGGUGGUGCCACCUUGGCGGAUGACCCCUUUGCGGAUGUCGAGUACGACGAGUUCAGCGAUGCCGAGGAUGAGGAGCUCAUGAUGCAAAUGGCCGCUGAGGCCGAGGAACACGCCCGGUUUGCCAGCGAGCUUAACCAGAAAUCGACGACGCAGAACAGGGAAGAUUAUGAGAAAGAGCUCCGAGCUUUGCGGAGUCAACAGAAGAAGGAUCGCCGCGAUGCGGACGAGGUCACGCAGGUCAUGAUCUCGGAGUGUCAAGCCCUUCUCCGUCUUUUUGGCAUUCCUUACAUCACCGCGCCGAUGGAGGCGGAAGCCCAAUGCGCUGAGCUGGUGCGUCUAGGGAUCGUCGAUGGCAUCGUCACGGACGACUCGGAUACGUUCCUGUUCGGUGGCACGCGCGUUUAUAAGAACAUGUUCAACAGCAACAAGUUCGUCGAGUGCUACCUCGGUGUGGAUCUCGAAACCGAAAUGUCGCUCUCGCGGGAGCAGCUCAUCUCUCUGGCGCAGUUGCUCGGCUCAGACUAUACAGAGGGUCUGCCGGGCGUCGGUCCCGUCACAGCCAUCGAGAUUCUGUCCGAGUUCCCUGGGAAGCGGGGACUGGAUGACUUCCGCGAAUGGUGGACCGCGGUUCAGUCCCAGAACCGGCCCAAAGAGGCCGACGCCUCGUCGCCCUUCCGCAAGAAGUUUCGCAAGUCCCAGGCGACGAAGCUCUUCUUGCCCCCGGGCUUUCCCAACCCGGCCGUGUACGACGCAUACCUGGAGCCAGAGGUCGACCACAGCGCGGAAGCGUUCCAGUGGGGCGUGCCAGAUCUCGAGGGGCUGCGGCGUUUCCUCAUGGCAACGAUCGGAUGGAGCAAAGAGCGGACGGACGAGGUGCUGGUUCCCGUGAUCCGGGACAUGAACAGGCGGGGCGUGGAAGGCACGCAGAGCAACAUUACGAGAUUCUUUGGGGGCGGGGUUGGUGUCGGAGCCAAGGAGGCGUUUGCGCCAAGGCAAAAGGCGCAGGGAAGUAAGAGGAUGCUGGCUGCCGUGGACAAGUUGCGUGCCAACGUCGGAGGCGCCGAGGGGAGCCCGGAGAGCGGCGAGAAGUCCUCCAACAAGCGGAGGCGGACGGCCAAGAGGGGCGUGGUUGUCGAUGGUGAAGACGAGUAG